AAUAACCAGAAAAAAAGAGAGAUUAAGGAAGUUGCUGGCCUAGGCGGUAGGUAGAGGUGUAGUGACAGUGCGUCCUGGGAGCACGCUGGCACUGUUUAAUCGGAUUUGGGUAAACAGGGGUGCAGAUAUGGGAACCUGCCGAAGGAGCGCGAUUUCAAGCCCUGCUGGAUUAUUUUUAACUGUAAUCCUGAGUCAGUGUUUGGAUUUGAUUGGGGCUUUUGGACAAAAUCAGGACACCGAACUCACCUUUCUCCUGCCUGCUGGGAAAAUGGAGUGUUUCUACCAAACAGCCUCGAAGAACGGCUCCAUGGAAGUGGAGUAUCAGGUGAUCGCAGGGGCAGGUAUGGAUGUUGACUUCACCAUCAUCUCCCCCAUCGGGUACCAGCUGACCUCGGAGUUCCGCAAGUCGGACGGGAUCCACACGGUGGAGCCCACAGAGGAGGGAGACUAUAGGAUCUGCUUCGACAACAGCUUCAGCAGGUUCUCGGAGAAGAUGGUGUUCUUUGAGGUGAUUCUGGAGGGUCCGGGGGGCGACGCAGGGGGGGAGGACGACUGGGCGGACAUAGCGGAACCCGAGAGUCUGCUGGAGUACAAGCUGGAGGACAUCAGGGAUUCAAUAGACUCGGUUCACCGUCGCCUGGAACGCAGCCGGCAGAUGCAGAUGUCUCUGCGCGUGUUUGAGGCACGUGACCGCAAUCUACUGGAGGACAACCUAUGGCGCGUUUCCUUCUGGUCCUGCGUGAACAUGCUGGUCCUCCUGGGCGUGGCCCUCACCCAGGUCUACACGGUACGCCGCCUCUUCGACGACAAGAGGAGGCUUCGCACGUAGCCCCGCCCCCCUCACCUUUGCCUCAGCCACGCCCAGAAGUGGGACUUCGGGUAGGAGACAGGAACUGUCAUUCAGAAGGAUGGGCAAGCACUAGGGAGGAAGUGAGGUAUGAGACUCUUCUUUUUCCUCUCAUUGGUGGAGACCUGCCAGUUAAAUCUGAGGCACAAACACCCCCGGGAGCUGUGACCACCAUGCCACCACGUUCGCUACGACACUGCGGUGAUGGUUUAGCGACUAGCAUCCGCUCUCUCUGCCGCACCUGUCUGCACUGGCCAAUCUCUGUAAAUCCCUCCUAUCAUCCCGCCCCUUGACACGUAUCCGGCCAAUGGGAAUAAUCACCAUGUUUACAUUUCUUUCAUCAGCGAUUCCCUCAUUGGUUUACAGCCCUGUUUCCCGUCUCCUCGGGUCCCCGCGGUCAUCGUCACAUUCUUGGAAGAUUUUUUUAUUUCUCUCUUUAAGUCCCUUGGAGCUCAACUUGUCCCUAAUGAAGACAAGAGUUUUCAAUUUUGACCGUUAUUUUUAGGCAUUAGAAAAUUUUACGUGGAGCUGAGAGGUACUUUUUAAAUUGUGUUUACUAUAUGUAAGGACCCGAUUCUGUGAUUUAAGAUUAUCUGCACAAGUGUGUGUGUUAUGGAUGUAUGUGGCACUAAAGGUGUGACUUAACAUGAUUUAAUAAAGUUUUAGUAGAAAAAUA